AUGAAUUUAAUUCUGAGUAGUAUUAAAAAAGAAAGAAGUGACAAAGAAAGUGAGGAAGAAAGCGAAAAAGAGACUGAUGCAGAUGAUUGUGACGGUGAAGACGUAGCCACGUUCGUCAAAUCGAAGAAAGGAAAGACUAUAUUGCAAUUCAAUGGUUACCGAUAUAGGGAAGCUUACAGAACACAGCUUGGCAUCCGAUGGGUCUGUUCUGUGGAAAAGCGCUGCAACGCGUACGUGUACCUCAAUGAUAAUGAUGAAAUUAUAAUGGACAAUCAAAAGCAUGAACACUCUACCAACGCGGUAAACAGGAUCAUGGAACGAAUAGGCGAGGCAAAACUCAUCACGUCUCUCAGAGGUCGUUACAUACUGCUAUUCGAUCAGUACACGUAUAGAAUGCAAUAUAACAAGGGCAAAAAAGCCAGAUGGGUAUGUUCAACCAAGAAGGAAUGUAAAGGCUCCAUCUUCACGGACUGCGAAGACUACACGUACGUCAUCAAGAUAUGUCCAGAUCAUUGUCAUCCGCCUCCGAAGUACUACCUCAAACCAGAACAUGUCAAAGAAGCUCCUAAAGAACAACUUUAAUACGAAACUGUUGUGAAGACAAAAUAAAAACUUUAUAUAAUCUCAAGUACUCCUGCAAUUUUUUAAACAUAGAUAUAGAAAACGUUAAUUUGUAUUGCUACAAUAAACAGUUUUACAAAAUAACUUCUAGCCGAAUUUGUGUGCUGCAGUAAGGCAAAAAGGCAAUAACUCAGCUAUCUGUACGUUAGCACAGAAAUAUGAUUUGUACAUGCACUUUUAAUGUAAAAUUAAUGAUAGUGAAGAAGAAGGUAAAGAAGAAUAUGUUGAAAUAUUGGACGAAGCCGAUGAUGUAGAGGAGUACGAUGGUGAAGACGUACCCGUGUUUGUUCAGUCGAGAAAAGGAAAGACCAUAUUGCAAUUCAAUGGCCACCGAUAUAGGAAAGCUUAUAAAUCAAAGACUGGCGUCCGAUGGGUCUGUUCAGUGAACAAGCAGUGUAACGCAUUCGUGUAUCUAAAUGAUGACGAUGAAAUCAUAAUGUC